UCUUCAUCCUAAAGCUUCCGGUUUGUCGUCAGCGAGCUUUUCCUGCUGAAGUUCUCCAGCUCAGAUAUGCCUCUUGCAAGGGAUCUGUUACACCCGAGUGCUGAGGAGGAAAGGAGGUGUCACAAGAAGAAACGUCUGGUUCAGAGUCCUAAUUCAUAUUUUAUGGAUGUGAAAUGUCCAGGCUGCUACAAGAUCACCACGGUGUUCAGUCACGCUCAGACUGUCGUGCUGUGUGUCGGCUGUGCCACAGUCCUCUGCCAGCCGACGGGAGGGAAAGCUCGCCUCACAGAAGGAUGUUCAUUCAGGAGGAAACAGCACUAGCUCGACCAGACGGGGUCGGCCACAGGUGUGGCUGAACAGAGGUAGAGGUCAUGACGAAACACUGCCAUGGAGCUGAGGAGGAGAGUGGAAAUACAAAUCAUGUAAAAUUAGAAGUCUCUAUAGAAUAUAUAUAGAGGAAUGCGUGACAUUUUUGAGACGCCACAUAUACAAUUAUUCAUCCAGCUUAUUAAACUUGGGUUGUUUGAGUGGUAAAAUAAUCUUGCAUGUUUGUCAUCCAGUUUGUUCUUUGACCUGCAUUAAGUUUAUUAGGCGUUUGAAAACAUCCUGUUCAAAAUCAGGACCCUUUAAUGUGCUGCUACAGAUCGGGGCCUUUGAGGACUCGUUCGCAGCCUCAACAGUUGUGCAGUGAUUGGCUCCUGUUUGCGUUACACGGUCAAUGAUUAAGCACACGCAUUUGCAGGAAGGUUGAGGUGUUUAAAGAGCUGUGGCGAGACUUGAUUAAACCAGUGGCUCACCUCCAAAGAUUUAUGUAAAUGUUCUUUUAAAAAAACAACCAGUUCUGGGAAAUGACAAAUUACAGCCCAAAAAACUGUUGACUCCAGUUUUCCUACGUUAAGACUGCACUUGGUACCACUGGCUUGAAGGUUUUUUUCAAGGCAGACUAUUAUGUCAUCGACUCCGGCUCCACAGCCGGUGGUCCAGGGCCCCUCUCACUCUGGAUUUGUUUCAGUGAGUCAUUGCGGCUCUGCUUCUGAUGGUGACACUAAACCACUAUGAAUGAUCAUGGUUGUGUAUUUCCAUGUGCUUGUAAGCUUCCUUUGAACAUAAUGUUGGAGUAUUUCUUGUGAAGUUGAAGUUUAAUCAUCAACUUGGUUGGAGAUCAAUCUGCUGAAAUCAUUUGUGUCCUUCAGUUGAUUCAGCUUGAACAACACGGCUUGUGUGACGGAGUUGUUCACCGACUGAAGAAAUGAAUCGAGCAGAAGCUGAUUGAUCACUUUGUUGUAAUGGGGACAUUUUCCUUAUGUCUUCUUGUAUACGGCUUUAAAAUAAAAUCAUAGGAAAAUGA